AUGGUAACGAUAUUAGAGAAACCUGCUAUUAUAGUUUUAGAUGACAAUGAAGGAGAGGCUUUUGCUGGUGAAUUGAAAAUUGUACCCUUCGUAUUUUGUGCAUCUUCUGUUCCUUCUUAUUUAAGUUUUAUACAUCUUCUGGCAAUGACUCCCACUGGAAGCCGUUUAAAGGCCCUUCCAGCAAGGUAUAGUUGCAAACAAAAUGAUGUGCGUGCUAUCGUCUUUGGGUUUCACAAAAAAAUAUUUCUUUUGCAUCCUAAGGUUCUGACUUUUGUACUCUUGGAUCUUCCUGGGCUACUCUUUUUCUCAACAUAUACACUUCUUGUCCUAUUUUGGGCCGAGAUUUAUCACCAGGCCAGAAGUUUGCCAACUGAUAAGCUCAGGAUUUAUUAUAUCUCCAUCAACUGUGGAAUAUACUUCUUACAGGUUUGUAUCUGGGCUUACCUCUGGAUUCAUGAUAAUAGCGUAGUUGAAUUCAUUGGGAAGAUAUUUAUUGCAGUGGUGUCAUUUAUAGCAGCACUUGGUUUCCUAUUCUAUGGAGGAAGGUUAUUUUUCAUGCUAAGACGCUUUCCUAUAGAAUCAAAAGGGAGAAGAAAGAAACUUCAUGAGGUUGGAUCUGUGACGGCCAUAUGCUUCACUUGUUUCCUUAUAAGGUGUCUCGUGGUUGUGCUAUCUGCUUUUGAUGCUGAUGCAUCACUGGACGUGUUGAAUCAUCCUGUGUUGAAUCUGAUAUAUUACAUGUUGGUUGAGAUUCUUCCUUCGGCUCUUGUGCUCUACAUCCUGAGGAAGCUACCUCCCAAAAGAAUAUCAGCCCAAUAUCAUCCCAUCCGUUAGCGAGGUUGGAAUUUGUGGUAAUUCAUCAUAUCCUUUGCUGUGGCUGUGAAUUAAAAGCUAGCUUUGUCUGAACAAGAACAGUGGAGCCAGAAAUAUAUCCAUAGCUGUUGUUAAGAUAGUGGUUUGGGUAAUUGAUGUCAAUGAAUUCUUUUUCAACGCCUGGUUGAAGGCAACUAUUUUGAUUGAGUUCCAUAGGGUGGUUCCUUCAUUAGUUUUUGGAGAUUAGGAAAUUGUACUCGAGUGACAUCGUAUGCAUUUAGUUGGGUUGGCUGGUCAAAUUAAUUUCUUGUAAUAUUGACGCUGAGGAUGCUUUCUCUUGUUCCAAAGUAAUACAACAUAUUGCCUCCAGAAUCUCUCAACUUU